AUGGAAAAGCUGCUGCAUUGGUCGGUCGCCAACUCUCAAGGAGACAAAGAAGCUGUGGAAAAAGCUGGACAACCAGAUCCAAAAUUAUUGCAACAACUGUUUGGAGGCGGUCUUGAUGAGCCGGCUUUGAUGAAGCAGGCUAUUGUGGUGAUAACCAAUCCGGAGGCUGAGUUAGAGGCGAAAUUGAUCGCUUUUGACAAUUUCGAAAUGCUGAUUGAAAACCUGGAUAAUGCCAAUAAUAUCGAGAAUUUGAAACUCUGGGAACCUUUGAUUGGCGUUCUACAAUCACCGGAACCUGAACUGAGGGCAUUCACAUUGUCUGUUAUUGGUACUGCGGUUCAAAAUAACACUAACUCUCAAGAGAACUUCCUAAAAUACGAACAAGGGUUGCCUCAGCUCAUACAGAUAGCCAAAAAUAAAAACGAGAAAACAGACGUUAGAACAAAAGCGUUUUACGCCCUAUCGAACCUUUUGAAGCAUAAUAAAGAGUCGUAUUCCAAGUUCAAUAAGCUUCGUGGAUUAGACGUGAUAGCCCCAGUACUGAGCGACCCUAAUGCAACGGACAAAUUAAAACUACGAGUCCUUUCUGUGGUUACUGCCGUAAUGACCAGCACAAUGAUUGAUGCAGAUUUCAUGCAAAAACUAAGGGACGAAAGCAUUUUGCAGACUUCGCUAAAAUUUCUACAUUCGGGAAGCAACAUAUACAUUAUUGACAAAGUGUUGAACUUUCUGUCUCAAUUGAUAAAUGGUGGGGAAAGGUUCGACGAAUCUGAGGUCACCGUGCUAAAAUCUGGCUUACAAGACAUUGCAAGUUUGGAGGAGCGUGUCAACGAAGAUGAUUACAAAACGGUCAAGCUUGCCAUGAACAACUAUUAG